AUGCCGUUGCCCUUGGGCCGGCCGUGCGACGCCUGUCGCCAGCGCCAGGUUCGGUGCAGCCGCAGUCGACCGAUCUGCGCCGCCUGCAUCAAGUACAGCAAGAAGCGCCCCAACCACCUGUGCACCUUCCCGACGCCGGCACCUGUCCCUCGCUCGCCCGUCAAGCGCCCCGAGCGGACCGGCGCAGGCGCCGACAAUGCUCCGGCCCUCUACAGCGUCGAGGAGGGCGGCUCGGCGGCCGCUGUGGGGCGCGACGAGCGGCGCGGAUCGGCGGCUGGGCGUGUACUGAGGGCGGUCACGGUCGAGGUCGGGACAAGCUCAAAGCGCUCGUCCAAGGUCGCCAAGGUCGACCCGGGCGCCCCGACCGUCGAGCAACGCGCUCCAGUCCUGCCAGUCGACAUCCCUCCCUCCCUCGUCCUUCCCGUCCUCCCCACGUUUCCCUUGACGCUUUCUCAGCACGUCACCGCGAUGCCGGCCGACCUGGGCGCGCCGUCGCUCGUGCACCCGUACCUGUCGCCGUCGCCCGCACCUUUCGGUGGCCCGACUUCGCCGACGCCGACGAGGCUGGCUGCGACCGCCGAGCAGUACCCGCUGUCGCAGCAGUCGCUCGCGGGCCAGCCGGUCCUGCCUCCAUCGCCGCCGCCGUCCGCCGUCGACGAGCAGCCGUGGUCCGUCGCCUCCCUCCUCGACUGA